AUGAGUGGUUUAGGCGACAUGAAUUUAACGUCGGAUGAGAUCAGCAAGCUGAAGAAUGCUUUUAAAGACCCAGAAUUUCGUAAACUAUUCAGAGAAUAUGCAGAAGAGAUAUCUGAUCCCGUUAACAAGAAAAAAUAUGAAGAUGAAAUAAAGUUAAUGGAAUUAGAACAGGGAAUGGAUGUGCAAUUUAUCAAUCCUACCCCUGGACAUUGUUUCAAAACUCGACAUUGGCCAUGCGUCUUACAGUGUUCUGAUAGCAAAACCACUUUAAAAGAAGAGGAGAAAUCAACUAAUGAAUCCGUAAAAGUUUUCAUAAAUGUUUGCAAAUCGGAUGUAGUAGAGUGUCCGGAAAUAAAGUCACAGAAAAAUGAUUCUUCGGUACACAGUGGUGGUGGCAGACCUUAUUGGAGCAUUCCGCAUUGUUUUACUCCUCCCCGUGAAGACUUUGAUAAAAAGAAAAACCAUUCAAUGGUAUAUGAUGUGGUGUUUAAUCCAAAAGCAUUUGAACUCGCCAAGUCAUCUAUCGCUUUUAAAAGACUCCUAAACGUAACAGCAAUUGAAGGCCUGCAGAAACAAUACAACUUAUGUCUUGGAAUGACUUUCAAACAAGCAUUACACUUGUUCAAACACAGGAAGAAUACUGAUUCAAAGAAUCCGCAGAGUGAAUCAGUUUGUCCAAACUCUGUGGCUAAUGAUAAUGCUUUGCUUGAGGCAGUCCACUUGUUAAAUGGUGUAUCAUACAAAGGUGUUGCUCGACCGACAGUAAUUAGGCGGCGACGCUCAGAUUAUGAACAACGUCAAGCUGAAUUAAAAAGAAGGGAAGCAGAAGAUUUGAAGUCUUGUACAACUGCUCAACAAAAGCAAGCUAUGAAAAGACUCUCCGCCUAUCCACCUUACGAAAAUGCUGAGACUUUAAAUAAACCAAAAGAUAAAAUUGAAAAAAAUGUCAAAUCAAAUGAAAUCAAUGGGCCUACUAAACCAGACUACACUAUAACCUACAGUUCAGAUUUCGACAUGAGCAAUUGUAGAAACGCGGGUGAUGUAAAUCCUCUUCGUCCACCUGAUCGUUUAAUUGUCAAUAUUAAAUUUCCUGGUUUAACUUCAUCGUCAAGUCUUGAUUUAGAUGUACAGAAAACACAAUUACAUGUGGCUAGUGAGAAGCCUAUCGCCUAUCUUCUUGACCUGAAACUCCCUUAUGAAGUGGAUGCUUCCGAAGGUACCGCAAAAUUCGAUAAAUCUACCCAUACUCUAUGCGUUACACUUCCUUUAAUUAAAAAAGAAGAACCCUGUGCUGUCAAAUUUAUUGAUACUACUGAAAUUAAUGGUGACAGUAACCGCAACCAUGAUGGUGAUGAUGAUAAAGAAUGCUUGACUAACCAAGCCAUUCAGCAAGAAUCAAUUGCAGCUGAGCCUUCGUUAACCGAUGCUACGCAAGAGUGUUCAUCCACUGGAAUGGAAUCUCCAUCGUCCCAUCCCGAUCAUGAUUCUAAUUCACUAAUGCCUAAUGUGACGUAUUCCAGUCUGUGUAGUGACAGUGAGGCUACACUGGACAACACCAAUGACAUCUCCUCUAAACCACAAGUAGAUGAUGAAGAUGAUAGGAACUCAGAAAUAAUCAAUCGCCAACAGCUGAAUUCACCUCGUGUCACUACUUCUUUAUCACCAAAUGAAUGUUGUUCUACUGAAUGCUGGAAUACCAGUGACAAUAAAUCUGUUAAUUGUGAAGAUAAUAAUACUGAUAGUAAUGACAAUAUUAUUGAAGAAAGUAAUACCAACUUAGAAGAUUAUCGAAAGUUAUCGAAUACUAUUCGGUUAUCUUCUAACGAAUUAAAUGGUCAAGUUAAUAAAAGUAAUGACUGGUCAACUACUAGUGAACGUCUAAGGCAUAAUUCCUCGCCUAGGAAUUCAGAAGAAAUCAACUGUCAAACGGUGUCGGCAUUGAAAGGUAUUCUGAAGCACUGUUCUGUAUCAAAAUGUAGUGGAGAUGAAGAAGGUAUUUCAGAAAGAAAUGAUUUACGUGUUGGUGAAGGUGGUGAUGCUGCUGGACUAGCUGGUGACAAUCAGGAUGCUGUACCAUCUGAAGGUGAUAACAUACAUCUUCAACAAACUUUAUCGACUGACAAAUUUUCGGUAGUGGAACCCGAUGGAAACAAUGUGCAAUAUGAUAAUCAUUUAUCUCCAUGCAGGCAACCAACAAGAUCUGUGAGUUUCUCGGAUCAUGUCGAGUUUUCUCCUGGAGACGCUGCAGAAGCACCACAUAAUGAUUUGUGCAGUAUUCAGGAAAACGCCCUUGGUCAAGAAGACACGCACCAUUAUCAUCAUCAUCAUCAUCAUGAAAGUGAUGGAAAUCUAAAUCAUUUGGACAAUGAAGGAAGCUCUACAAAAUUGGAUGCUGAAUUGAGUUGCUCUAAAAAUAACCUGUAUAAAUCUGUAAAUGAUUCUGCCUCAUCUUCUGAAACUGAAUCAAAUAAUCAGCAUUAUCCUGAUUAUUCACAUCCUGAAUUGUGUGAUACAAAUCCUUCCGAACAUCUUCAUGACAGUGUGUUUCAAAACUGUUCUCCCCUCAUCAAUUCAUCAGAAUCCAAUAAUGGCAUUGAUUUGAAUCAAUCUGAAAGUCUUCCGCCCAAAAACGAUCUUCAAUCUAACGAUAUCAUUUCCGCAGACAGCCCUGAUACACCAACAACAACAGCAACAACAACACUAGAAGAAGGAGAAGGAAUAUUGAGAAUAAUCCCAGAAUGUAAUGAAACUGACAAUAGUAGUGGUAUUAGUAGUGACAUUCCUCAUGGGGCACAUUAUAACUCAUCAGUUAUUCCCUUAACUGCAUUUCCUUUAUUAGAAUUAGAUGAAGAAUAA